CCCAUCAGUAUUUGUAAUCAGUUUCGUGCAGUGAGUUGUUUUUAUGAAUUAUUUAUGUUUGGAGAUAAUUAGUCAGCAAUUUAACUGUGGAAAAUGCAUUUUCCGUAUAUGAAAAUCGCCAUUUACGCGCUAACGUUUCUCACCUACGCAUACUCGGGCUAUGGUUCCAGUACGAUUGUGCAUCUACGAGACGCCAUCAUCGCGGCGGAGGCAAUAUUUGGUGAUGUCUUCAAAAACCUAGUGACGGUUGUUAGAAAGUUUCGUACAGUGCAUGAGGUGUUCGAUGCAGCAGUGGAUGAGAAUUGUAUUUAUAAAUGUUUAGGACCAGACGGCAAACCUACAGAUGUACGACCUGUCCAAAAUAAACUGUACACACCUACCGCCGACGGUUGCGGCUCGCUCGGUCUGCGCAUUAACACCGAAUACUUGCCCGCCGUCGAAAUGGAGAACUGUUGCAAUGAGCACGACAUUUGCUAUGACACUUGCAAUAGCAAUAAAGAGCUGUGCGAUUUGGAGUUCAAGCGCUGCCUUUAUAAGUAUUGCGAUACCAUAGAUAAAUCGAUUGCCAGUGAAUAUCUCAUGACUGGUUGUAAAGCUGCUGCGAAAGUGCUAUUCACGGGCACCUUAACGCUGGGCUGUAAAUCGUAUUUAGACUCGCAGAAGCGUACGUGUUAUUGCGCACCGCCUAAGCAAUCGAAAGACGAGGGACGUGGCUAUAACGGAUACAAAAACGGGAAUGGCGAUAAAUAUUAUAAGCAGGGCAAGAAACAGAAAUAUGGCUGGAAGGAUCCGGGCGACAUGUAGUGCUUGUUGAUGGAAAAGGAUGUGGAAGUUUUUAUUUAAGCAACGCUUUACGCCUUUUUCUUAGUACUUGUUUCUUGUUGGUGUUAUUGUUCAGCGCACAAUCUUAUGUAUAUAAAUAUUUCACAACUGCAAUCUGGAUGCACUGUUUCGAGAGAGAGAAAGAGAGAGAGAGAGAGAUGGACAUUCAUAGCCCAAAGUAUUUAUUAGAUAUUUGAUGAAUUUAUUUUAUAUGCUACGACCAUAGUAAUAUGCUGACCUACAUACAUAUAUAGCCAACGAAAUUGCCCAAAGGAAAAAUUUGUAGACUUUAUUAAAUACAAAAUAAAAGCAAUUAAUAAAACAAACAAUUAA